AUGAACAAAUACAACUUCUUCUGCAUCCUCUACUGUUCCUUUGGCGCCUUAUUCUACGGUUACGACUCCGGGUUAACCAUGACUAGCUACCCGGAAUUCCUAGCCUACUUCAACUUCAACGCAACCACACUGGGCGCGCUCGGGUCGGCCUACUAUGCUGGAAACUUCGUUGGCAUCGGCAGACUGAGUGCUGUACGAAUAGCGUCCGUCGUCUCGCUACCCAGCACGGGACUACAAACUAAUACGAAGAGUUUGGCGUGCGGGAUAGUUGUUAGUUUGUGUCUGCUAUACGCAAGCAAAGUUUCGCUGCCGCAUGUGAAGGGAUGCGUCUGUUCUAGUAUCUCCAUCAACGUCUCCUACGCCCUAGCCGAAUGGAUGGGUCUCAGCUUCUCCUACAUCUCCAACCACCCCGGGCAACUAAAAUGGUGGCUCUUCAUCAGCCUGCAACUCCUGUGCACUUCCAUCAUGCUUCUCAUCGUGCAACACAGGCACUCGGACGCCCUAGCCGUCCUCUCAAGGCUCCACAGAACCAACGUCAACGAGAGCGAGGACAAUGAAUUCAUACCCUUCUGCAAACGCGAGUUCCACCAGAUCGAAGCGCAGAUUCGCCUGAAGCAGGAGAGCCCCACUUGGGGGAUUGUGGCGAUUCUCAAGGGUCCGUCAUAUCGCAAGCGCCUCGGGAUCAUUUUGUUCUUUCUUUAUAACUACCAAGUAAUCCUACGCGGUUCACUUGUCAUCGAGGAUAAAAUCCCCCUCGUGCUCGUCGGUGUCUGGGGAACUUUAGGCGUGGUAUUCCCAUUCGGACGCCGGAAGAGUUUCUUUAUAUCGGUGGUGGGGGUUACGGUAGGCUCGAUUAUGUUGGUAGUUUUCUGGGCUCGCUAUGAGCAGUCAGGGAAUACGGCCAAGGCAGUAGGGAGUCUUGCGUUAUGGUCUAUGUUUGUAUAUGCAUAUACACCCGAAAUCUUACCGAUGGAAAUCUGCUCCGCGAGUUUGGGUUUAGGGUUUGCGACUAUCAUAAUGUUGGUACAAAUAACCUCAAUUGCCGUUGAAACAAUAAAGUUGUACUUGCCGGAAACAACGAAUAUCCGACUAGAAGAAGUGGCAGCAUUGUUUGGAGAUAAAGUUGCAAUCACGUUGCAUGAUUUGGUGAAUACGAGUGGCAGAGCUGGGGUUGGGCAGAAGAAGGAAGCAGAUAUGAAGAAUGUCGAUCAUAUUGAGGAGGUGGUUUGA